CUCUCUUUACUUCUUUCUCUCUCUCUCUCUUCACCUCCGCUGUACUCAACAAGACUUUGUGUUCUUGUUAAAGCCCCGUUCGUCUCUACUCUCAUUCACUCCAUCAUCCUCUUCUGUCCAUCAUGAGAGAAAUCAUUCACGUCCAAGUCGGCCAGUGUGGUAACCAAAUUGGUCAAAAAUUCUGGGAGACUAUUUCCCAAGAGCAUGGUCUUGACACCAACGGUAACUACUGUGGUGACAACGAUCUUCAGUUGGAGCGCAUCAAUGUGUUUUACAACGAAGGUCAAAAGGGACAAUAUGUUCCCAGAGCCGUCCUUGCUGAUCUCGAGCCUGCUACUAUGGAUGUUCUCCGCGGUAGUUUGUACGGAAAGCUUUUCCGUCCUGACAACUUUAUCAAUGGCCAGUCCGGUGCAGGAAACUCGUGGGCUAGAGGUUAUUACACUGAGGGUGCUGAGCUGAUUGAGCCUAUCCUCGAUAUCGUCCGUAAGGAAGCCGAGCAUACCGACUGCCUUCAGGGUUUCCAGCUCUGCCACUCUCUUGGUGGUGGUACUGGUUCCGGUCUUGGUUCUCUCUUGUUGUCCAAGAUCCGCGAGGAAUACCCCGAUCGUAUGCUUUGUACUUACUCCGUCGUGCCUUCCCCCAAGGUCUCCGAUACCGUUGUUGAGCCCUACAAUGCUGUCUUGUCUGUCCAUCAGUUGGUCGAGAACUGCGAUGCCACCUUCUGUAUUGACAAUGAAGCCUUGUACGAUAUCUGCUUCCGUACCCUUAAGUUGACCAACCCUGGUUACGACGAGCUCAACCAGCUCGUUUCCGCUGUCAUGUCUGGCGUCUCUACCAGUUUGCGUUUCCCUGGUCAGCUGAACUCCGACUUGCGUAAGCUGUUUGUCAACAUGGUUCCUUUCCCCCGUCUCCACUUCUUCAUGGUCGGUUUCGCCCCCUUGACUGCCUUUGGUUCCCAGCAGUACCGCAACCUCAGCGUUCCUGAGUUGACUGCUCAGAUGUUCGAUGCUCGCAACAUGAUGGCUGCUUCCGAUCCCCGCCACGGUCGCUACUUGACUGUCGCUACCAUCUUCCGUGGUCGUCUGUCCACCAAGGAAGUCGAAAACCAGAUGUUGGCUGUCCAGCAGAAGAACUCUUCUUACUUUGUUGAAUGGAUCCCUAACGGUGUCAAGACCUCCCUGUGCGACAUUCCCCCUGUUGGUUUGAAGAUGUCGGGUACCUUUAUUGGUAACAGUACCGCCAUCCAGGAGCUUUUCAAGCGUGUCAACGAGCAGUUCACUGUCAUGUUCAGACGCAAGGCUUUCUUGCAUUGGUACACAAGUGAGGGCAUGGACGAGAUGGAGUUUACUGAGGCAGAGUCAAACAUGAACGAUUUGGUUUCCGAGUACCAGCAGUACCAGGAGGCUACCGCUGAGGAUGACCUGUUAGACGAAGAAGAAUACCUUGAGGAAGAGGGUGAACUUGAUGAGGAAUAGAAUAACAAUUAUAUCCUAGCUAGCUUACUGUGCCUUGAUAGUACAGAUCAUUUCUUUCCCUCUUUCUCUCUUUCUCUAUCUUCUCUUUUUUUAUAAUGAAUCACUUUUUCUUUCCAUUUUAUUUUAUUUUAAGUUACUGCAUAUUGUAUGUAUGUAUGUGUG